CUAAUUGUUCUUUUCUUCUGACAACAUGCCUGAGCCAGCUAAGUCAGCUCCCGCUCCAAAGAAAGGAUCCAAGAAGGCGGUAACGAAGGCGCAGAAGAAAGACGGCAAGAAGCGCAAGCGCAGCCGCAAGGAGAGCUACUCCGUGUACGUGUACAAGGUGCUGAAGCAGGUCCACCCCGACACCGGCAUCUCCUCCAAGGCCAUGGGCAUCAUGAACUCCUUCGUCAACGACAUCUUCGAGCGCAUCGCGGGCGAGGCUUCCCGCCUGGCGCAUUACAACAAGCGCUCGACCAUCACCUCCAGGGAGAUCCAGACGGCCGUGCGCCUGCUGCUGCCCGGGGAGCUGGCCAAGCACGCCGUGUCGGAGGGCACCAAGGCCGUCACCAAGUACACCAGCUCCAAGUAAGCCCCUCCCAGCUGCUC